AUGGCUGUUCACAUUUUUACAGGGAAAUGGAAACGAGGUGCUGACCUUCCUGACAGCAGAUUUCAUUUUGGGUGUUCAGUGGACUCAGCUAAAGAACUGAUCUACAUUGCUGGAGGGCGUGACAAGAAUGACCAAGUUCUAUUUACAGCAGCAGUUUACAACGUAGAGAAAGACAAGUGGGAAUAUCUUCCUCCCAUGGUUUGGGGCGACAAUGCCUGCCACAGUGCAUUUGUUGAUAACAAGUUAUAUGUGACGAAUCGACAUAUGAAUGGAGGGUCUGUACAAUGUUAUGAUCCCAACAUACGAUUAUGGAGAGAUAUGACCAGUUUCCAUGGCUUUAUUCAAUAUAGUUUCAGAUUUGGCUUUAUUCAUCCACCUUUACCUGCAUUUGGACUGUUAUUCUAUGUUUGCGAUGGGAAAGUUAUAGAGUUUGAUUAUGUGGAGAAUACAUUCCAUUUAGUAGGAACACAAUGUCGUCAGUUCACCACAGUUGUUGGUAUGACAAUGUGGCAUAGCCAGAUAGUUAUAUGCGCAAAAAUUACAGGAGGUGACACAGCGUUUUAUCUUUUUGAACCUUUGAGAGCUGGAGAGAAUAGACAAGUGGGGAAAGAAGAGAAGUGGACUCUCCUCAGUGCUUGGACUUUCGUCCAAAUUGGAGACCUUGUCAAUUGUUGCGGAACGAUAACAUUGUGA